AUGACGGUGACGUUUAUGCAAAUUAUAAAAACCUUCUUUGAUUCGCGGGAAAAGUGAAAAAAUGGCGACGGUGGAAGUUUGAAGUUUAGCGCCACGAAAGAGGAACGGGGGCAUAAACGUUAAGGACGUGGAGAUACUGACUGUCUUGCUGCGGUUCGCGGUUACGACCGGGAGACGAAGGUUUUAGCGGAGGAGUAGAAAUGUUAGAGGACCUGGUUGAAGCCUUUGGGGGUCUGGAACCCCAGGUGUCCUGUCAGAAGGGGCUUUGCCUAGAAAAUGAUGAAGAAGCUGAGUUAAAUUUGAGUGUUGGGCAGUUUGUACUUUGUCACUGGUCAGAUGGACUCUACUACCUGGGCAAGAUACAACGGGUGAGCCCCCCCAGGCAGAGCUGCUUUGUCACAUUUGAGGACAACUCAAAGUUUUGGGUCCUCUGGAAGGACAUCCAACACGCUGGGGUGCCAGGGGAGGAGCCGCGCUGCUCUGUGUGCCAUGGGGAAAAACCAAUCUGUGACGGCCAACUAAACCAAAACAACCAGAUCCUCAUCUGUGGGAAAUGUGGUAUUGGGUUCCAUCAGCAGUGUCAUGUCCCCCCCGUAGAGGGAAGCGGUGGACUCGGCCCGUGGUUCUGCAGACGCUGUGUCUUUGCUCUAGCUGUCAGGAAAGGAGGUGCUCUGAAGAAAGGCCCCAUUGCCAAAGCUCUGUCAGCAAUGAAACUGGUCUUACCCUAUGAGCUGGACUCUUUGGACUGGGACUCUCAGCAUCGAACCAACCAGCAGCAGUGUUACUGUUACUGUGGGGGACCUGGAGAGUGGUACCUGAAGAUGGUGCAGUGUUUCAGGUGUCAGCAAUGGUUCCACGAGGCUUGUACCCAGUGUCUGCUGGAGUCUAUGAUGUUUGGAGACAGGUUCUACCUGUUCCUGUGCUCUGUUUGUAACAAAGGUUCUGAGUAUGUGCGACGUCUCAGUCUCAGGUGGGUGGAUCUAGUUCACCUGGUCCUCUACAAUCUGUCUGUUAGCAGCAAGAAGAAGUACUUUGAGCUGGAUGAGAUCUUGGCGUUCGUCUCCUCAAAUUGGGACCAUCUGCAGCUUGGAAAGCUGUCAAACACUCCUCCAGCAGAGAGGGGGCAGCACCUGCUGGAUGCGCUCAACAAAUACAAGAGCAAGUUUCUGUGUGGGAAGGAAAUAAAGAAGAGAAAGUGUAUCUUUCGCCUGAGGACCAGAGUGCCCCCUAACCCCCCCUCCAAGCUUUUCCCAGAGCGUGCUCAGAAUGUAAGGUGGCAGCACAGUAAGAAGGGCAUGGCUAGAAUCAGUGCUGCAGUAGAGAGAAAAAAGAGAAAAUCCAAGUGGCUUCUAGAAGACGCCAUUCCCAAUAAUGAGCUGACUGGCAGCUGGACGUCCAAUCAUCACAUGGCCAACAUCUUUGACUUCACCCUGGACGAGCUGAAGAGCAGUUCCAGUAGAACCAUUUGUGUUGACCAGGACUCCACUGAUGCAUCCACGUCUGGAUCUGCUACCACCAGCACCUCCUACCACUUCAGGAGGAGAGUGGGCAGCAGGAAGAGGAAGUUACCAGCCAGCAUCUAUAACCACUGGACCAGUCGCAGUCAGGUAGGGGAGGAGGUGGGACGUGAGGAGCUCUCUGGAAUCCUGCAGACCCACGAUGCCUCGAGCCACCUGCCAUCAGACUCCUCCCACUUCCUAUCAGACUCCUCCCACCUGCACUCCUCUAUCUCCUCGUAUUUUGGAGUAGCGGGAAGACUGAAAAAUGGGGAACGAUAUCAGGUGUUGGCUCGCCGCAUCACUCCUCAGGGUACAGUCCAGUACUUGCUGGAGUGGGAGGGGACCACGCCUUAUUAGAAUAGUUACAUACUGGAAAGGUUUGGGUAAUUUUUCUCUGCUCCCAAACACCUGUUGUUCAUGUCAUUCUGAUGCAUAACAAUUACUUUUAUAUUUGGGAAACCAUGACCAAAGCUGUUCUGUUAAACCAAUAUUUAGUGGAACUCCAGCCAAAGACGCCACCAUAGUAUGACAUUCUGUGUCCAUAUUGAGAGCAGAUGGACUUUCUCUCUGUCAAACCAAACAUUUCUUCUGAGUUGACCCCCCCCCCCCCCCCCCAAGCUGUCAAACAGCUCUCCUGCCCAUCUACCUGUGCGUUAAUUCAUGUAAGCACUUGAUUUAAAGAGCCGGCCAGAGGUCAGAGAAGCAGCGGUUCCACUGGCUGUGUGGCCCUGACCUUUAGGGAGAACUAAUGUGAAGUUGUGAUGAGUCUAACACCAGUAUAUGGGUUUUACGGUUCUACUUGGGUUCAGUCCUUUAAUGGUCAUACAUACUGACUUUGGAUAAAGGGAUUGGAUGACACACUGAGCCUGAGUCUACGUCACAACCACUUUUUUAGCUGUUAUGAGUUAUUGGAUGUGGACAUGUGAUUCUGUAGCAGCGCUGGGCUUACUGUGGGGUUUGUGCUGGCCAGAGGACAAACAGCUGUGUCUCUCAUAGCUCAAAUGAUAAUCCACAUUUAUUAAUUCAAAUAUUUGAUUAAGUGUAAAAUAAUUAUUCAGCUGUAGUGGAAAAAAAUAAUUGUCGUAAUGGUGGCUAGUAACUAAGUAUAUUUCCGUACUACUGUGGUGCUGCACAUUCUACUUUACUACAAUUUUUAAAUCUAAAACCUAACUCUCCCAUGAGUCAGUUUACUGUUGGAUAUGAAAUGAAGUAUUAAAGCACCAGUAUCUUUUAUAAAAGCUUAUUGUGAAAUAUAAGUAACACAUAUAUCCAAGUACACGUAUAUCCAAACUGUACUUCAGUGCAGUAGUUGUGUAAAUGCACAGUUACCGUCUACCACUUUAAACUUCAGCACGACUCAGAGACGAGGAUGAUUAUGUUCUUCGGACUAAGGCAGCAGAUCCAACAUUUGUCCAACCCGCUGCUCAUUCUUGUAGCACUGAGCCCAUCUGUUUUUGCACUAUUAGUAUCUAUGCAAACAUAACUGAACUGAGAACCAAUCGGCCACAAAACCACAUUUAUGUCUUUUACACAAUAGGUUAGCCUGAUGCUAGCAGUGUUAAUAAAACCAACGGUCUGUAUGACAUUAAACUGUCACUUGAAACUUUGCAUUGGUGUUUUCAAUAUGUGAAUGACUUACCAAUCUGCUACCAGCCUCUCUGGAGAAAUAAAAAACUGAACCACU